CCAUCGGGGAGGAGAUUUUGCAGCCUCCAGGCCCGAACCACAAGACUGAAGAACAGCUUCAGCCACCAGCCUGUCAGAAAGCUCAACUCUCUCCCCUCUCUGCCUUAAGAGUCACCGAACUGUAACUGCACACACACACACACACACACACACACACACACACCCCAAAUCACACAAAUGCACAAGCCACUUUUACUACUGCUGCUCUCUCGUUUGCAUUAAAAUGUAAAUAUCUACACACUCACAUGUGCCGUGAAUGUCUAUAGUGCACAUAUUUCAUUUUAUUUUACUUUUUUAAUCAUUUGUCUUGUUAUGUUGGUUUCUCACACCAUGGUUCUGAGGGAAACGAAAUUUCAAUCCUCUGUGUGUCCUGUACAUAUAGCAGAAUUGACAAUAAAGUUGACUUUGACUUUAAAACAGACUGAGAAAAAACGCAACUUUAAAAAAAAAACCCUGUAAAAGACUGAUGCAGGCUGUUACAGAUCACUAGCUGUGAGAGUGAAGUGCGCAUGCGUGAAUCGAAUAUGAAAGUGUAAAAGGUGAAGCUUCAGCGGCACGGAGCAGAGUGGAGCAAACUGAGUUUUCAACCUUCACACGCUACAGAUGAACUGUCACUUCCACUCGUCUUUGUGGUUUCAUAAAAAGUUUUAACAUGCUGAAGAGCAAUCUCACUGGCAUGACAUAUCCGCACAGCUUCAUUCAAGGACGGGAAUAGAAGCCACCACAGCUUCGUAAUCCACACACCCCACUGCGAGAGCGCUACCAUGGUGGGCGAUUAUCCUGAUAGUGUUUGGGCUGCUGCUUGUUGUUGUGCUGCUUGUGAUAAUCUGGUACCAGAGGAAACAAGUUCAUUGCUGCCAAAGAGAUGAAAUUGUACAGAGGAGCAGCAGUGGAGCAGGAAGACAUCAGAGCUGGAAUGGUACCUCAGCAACGACUAACCUACGAGAGAACCAAAUGAUGAUGGAGCAGGAGGAGAACCGAAUGAUGUUGGAGCAGGAGGAGAACCAAAUGAUGUUGGAGCAAGAGGAGAACCAAAUGAUGCUGGAGCAGGGGGAGAACCUGAAGCUCAAACAUAAGAAUGGAGUAACAGAGGGAAGAGAUUUAUAACUUCAUACAGCAUGUUUGGAUUAUUUUCUGUUUUGCAUCGUUGUUUCUGCUCUGACUUUCUCCAGAAGUGUUCAGGUUUGUGAACCUUGAAAGCUCAUGUUUUUCCCACCUGUCUGUUGUGAUUCCUCUCCCUGUGAGCUGCUCCAUGUCAGUCUGAGCUGCUCAGUAACUUUCCCACUAGCUGGGACUGAUCAGUGUUUACUGGGUGUGUCCUCACACACACGUGUUCACUAGCUGGGACUGAUCAGUGUUUACUGGGUGUGUCCUCACACACACGUGUUCACUAGCUGGGACUGAUCAGUGUUUACUGGGUGUGUCCUCACACACACGUGUGAGUCUAGGAAUUGGUGGUACAGCCGGUGGUGUCAUGGAGGAGAUCCACAUCUGCUCCCUGCAGACUCUCCACUGGUGUCCCACAAGGCUCAGUACUUGAUCCUCUCCUGUUCUCCCUCUAUACUCAAUCUCUUGGUGUGGUCAUAUCCUCACAAGGGUUUUCAUACCACUGCUACUGCCACUCAACUCCUCUUCUCCUUCCCUCCCUCAGACAAACAAAUGCAGAAAAACACAAAUAAACUUGUAUGUUUUUAUUUUGGGAAAUAAUUUUUGCUGGGGCUUUUUACUAGGAACAUCAGAAAAUAUUUAAAACAUUUAUCCUUUUAUUUAAUGUUAUACUUUACUCUGUCUUUAUUCAAAUGUAGAUUAAGUCUGCAGCUGCUUCAUUAUUGCAUCUGUAAAAGAAGCAGAAUUUGUCCUCCAGGACUCCAGUGGGUUUCUGUUCUUAGAGGUAUGAAUCUCUCUGGAUAAGAGUCUCUGCUAAACACUAGAAAUGUAAAUCAGUCAGAUACCUCCUGACCUCCACUGUGGUUUCAGCACUGGCACUUUGGACCUGCUGAGUUUUAUUAAAGCCAACACAAGAUUUCAGACUGUGAUGUUAUUUCACCUGUGCUGUGAGAUCACAUCUGAUAUAAACCCAGACUGGCCAGAUUUCACUCAGUUCAAUUUUAUUUAUAUAGUGAUUUUUAACGAUGGACAUUGUGCUAAAGCAGCUUUACAGAAAUGCAGGUCUGGUUUUAGAUCCUUAAUGAACAAGCCAGAGGAGACAGUGGUGAAGGAAAACCCCCUGAGACAACAUGAGGAAGAAACCUUGAGAGGAACCAGACUCUAAAAGUAAGCCAUCCUCUGUUGGGAGACAGAUCAUCUGAUCAGUGAUCAGCACAUUCACUGGUAAAACCUCGGGUCCACGGGCAGGGCUAGUGCACAGGAAGAGUGUUGAAGUGGAAUUGUGCAUCUACACUGGGACAGAGUCACUCUGAAACAGCACAGCUUUAAAACACCAGCAGAUGGUUGCAGCUGUAGACCGUAAGCUCCAUCACAGCUUAGUGUGAACAUAAACAACUGCUACGUUUGAGUUCACCAACUACUAAAAAAUUAACAGUCCCAGCAAGUACAGUAGCAUACCUAAAAACUUACACCUGCCGCUAGUAAUGCAGCGUCUGCCCUAAACAAAACUACUCACUAACUCUGUUCAGUGUAAAAAGCGCAGGUUUACUGACUAUACAUACAGUGUUUUAUUUUGUAAGGAGUGUAAUGAUGUCUUUAUGGGGAGAUAUUUUUGUGCUCUCUGAUCACCAGUCAUGGCCAUCUCACUGAAACACACUAUAAUCAUAACGGAUGAGAGGAUAAACAACAAACAGACUAUUUUUAUAAUCAGGAACCGUAACGAGCUCUGAAGUGACAACGCAAAAUAUCACAGGUCAGAUUGGAGUUUAUUGGUAAGGAACAUCAAAAACCCUGCUUUCGCUUGGAGAUCACGAGUUUAAGUCCCCACAAUGCCACAGCCUUUCGUGGCCAAGAGUACAAGAGGGCUAAACUGGCUGUGCUCUCUGGGUGGGAGGGGCAUACUCUCUCUCCCCUGUCAAUCACAGUGACACUAGCCUAUUGUAGCGCUUUCCUCCGAGUUUGAUCCUGCUCCUGGGUGCCUGUGUGGAAUUUUACUAUAUUUAUCCUAAAUUUCCCCUUUGGGAUGAAUAACGAAUAUCUAUCUGUCUGUCCGUCUAUCUAUCUAUCUAUGUAUCUAUCUAAUUAUAUAUCUGUCCAUUCAUCCCUCUAGCUAUCCAGCUAUCUAUCGAACCUCAUGUUUGUCAGUGCUAGAAAAUUUCCAAAUUAGUUUCCGUCACUUAAGAAGACAACUCAGAAAUCUCCAUGGUUACCGCAUGACGCUUGAGAGAUGUUGCCUAAAUGGUUUUCAGCUCACAAGAAGAAUGAAUUUUCAAUGAAUUUUGAGAUAACUGAGGUAACUUAAAUCUGAGACGUGCUAACUGAGCUAAUCUGAGGUAACUGAGAAAAUCUGAGCUAAUCUGAGGUAAAAUCUGAGGUAACUGAGCUAACCAUCAGUCUUAAAGAGCUGAGUACAUAUAAUAUGAAAAAGUGUGGAUUUAAUGUGUAAUGUCACAGACAGGCCAGUGUUGUCUUUAAUUUACCUGCUGCUGAGGUCUUUGUUCUGGAGUUCAGUAGAUAAACACGACUACACUGAGGAGAGACAUGUAGCUACUGUAAAUGGCAAUAAAGCCAACUGUUAAAGUGUUAUUUAAAUAAAAGAUGCAUUAGUGACUACAGAGAGAUAUUUAAUUAAAUAAAUAACAAAUAAUAAGCCAUAAAGAAAGAGAAUAUUUAUAUGGAACAAGAAGUGAUGAAGAAGUGAUAUUAAUAUCUGAAAGGAAUAAACUGUAUGACUGGCAGCUGAAGUCACUGGAGUCUGAACCACAGAUCAUUACACAUCAGGAGUAACGGUACCGACGUGCACCACGCAGGACUAUACGGGAGUAAUGGUACCGACGCGCACCACGCGGGACUAUACGGGAAUAAGGGUACCAAUGCACACCACGCAGGACUAUACGGGAGUAACGGUACCGACGCGCACCACGCGGGACUAUACCGGAGUAACGGUACCGACGCACACCACGCAGGACUAUACAGGAGUAACGGUACCGACGCACACCACGCAGGACUAUACAGGAGCAACGGUACCGACGCGCACCACGCAGGACUAUACAGGAGUAACGGUACCGACGCGCACCACGCGGGACUAUACGGGAGUAACGGUACCGACGCGCACCACGCAGGACUAUACAGGAGUAACGGUACCGAUGCGCACCACGCGGGACUAUACGGGAGUAACGGUACCGACGCACACCACGCAGGACUAUACAGGAGUAACGGUACCGAUGCGCACCACGCAGGACUAUACAGGAGUAAGGGUACCGACGUGCACCACGCGGGACUAUACGGCAAUGACGGUACCGACACGCACCACACGGGACUAUAGAGGUGUAAGGGUACCGACACGGAACACGCGGGACUAUACGGGAGUAAGGGUACCGACGCGCACCACGGGGGACUAUACGGGAGUAAGGGUACCGACACACACCACGCGGGACUAUACGGGAGUAACGGUACCGACACACACCACGCAGGACUAUACGGGAGUAGGGGUACCGAUGCGCACCACGCAGGACUAUACAGGAGUAACGGUACGGACACGCACCACGCAGGACUAUAUGGGAGUAACGGUACCGACGCGCACCACGCGGGACUAUACGGGAGUAACGGUACCGACACACACCACGCGGGACUAUACGGGAGUAAUGGUACCGACACACACCACGCGGGACUAUACGGGAGUAAGGGUACCGACGCGCACCACGCAGGACUAUACGGGAGUAACGGUACCGACGCGCACCACGCGGGACUAUACGGGAGUAACGGUACCGACACACACCACGCGGGACUAUACGGGAGUAAGGGUACCGACGCGCACCACGCGGGACUAUACGGGAGUAAGGCUAUACACUAUACACUAUACAAUGACACGCUCUCUCACGUGCAUUCAGCCCAAACCACUGGCCUGCUUCAAGGGCGACUGCACUGUCUGGAUGUAGGAGACUGCUACAGGUGGGAGACUGCUUCAGGUGUCAUCAUGCAGGUGCGCAUUUGCAAAGUUUUAUAAACCUGAUUUUAUUUUUGCGUGCAUGCAGUUUUCUGGGCUUUGUGCAUAUGCACACUUUCACCCUGGCAUCCACACAAAGUUUUAGAAAUGAGGCCCCAGAUCCUGUAAAUUUAUUAUUGACAUCAUUAAAGGAACCAAUAAUCUGCAAA